UUCGUCUUCAUCACGUCUCUUAAUGAUGGCGGACAGAAACAGUCUUGAGAAGCUUGAUUUCGGUGCCUUAAGUCUCGAGCAACAGGAGAAGCUGCGACAGUUCAAGAUCAAGACACGAAUUGCCAAUGAAAAAUAUUUGAGAUCUCACCCAGAGGUGGAAAUGUUACUGAGUGACUUUUUAAGAGACAUGUUUCUGAAAAGGCCUGCAGACGUUCGUGAAUUUGCAGCAGGUCAUUUCAGUGACCCUGGACUGCCAACAAAAAUUCAGGCCCAAAUGAAUAUCAACAAUAAGUGAAAUUGCAUAUG